CUCCCCUCGCCAUCCAGGGGGUCCCCGUUCCCCUGUCGCGCUGGGGUGCAGCCGUCGCGGCACUGCGUCCUCGAGGACCGGCGACCCCUGGCGGAGAGAGGAGGCGUAGGUCCCCGACGGCAGGAGGCCGAUGGCGGAGGCCGAGGGUCCCCUGCGCCUCCGCGACUGGCUAGUGGCUCAGAUCGAGAGUGGGGGCUACGCCGGGUCGCGCUGGGAGGACGCGGGCAUGACAGUCUUCCGCAUCCGCUGGAAGCACGCAGCCAAGCAGGGCUACCAGGCGCGGCAGGACGCGGUGAUCUUCAGGGCCUGGGCCAUCUACAAGGGCAAGUGCCUAGAGGGUAUUGACAAGCAGAACCUCUCCACCUGGAAGACACGGCUGCGCUGUGCCCUCAACAAGAGUGCCGAUUUCUGUGAGGGUCCCGGACACAGGACCCUGCACACCCCUGGAGCCCCUUGCCCUUCGAGCUCUUCAGUGACCCUGAUGCAGAAACCAGACACAGAGAUUAAGAACCUUGCCCAAGGUCACACAGCUAGUAACCCUGGGAAAGUUACUAGCUUCUCCCAGUUAAAGCCCUUAAGUGGCAAUUGCUGGUUGCACGUGCGGCUGUUCUACAGCGUCCAGCUGGUGGGCGAAGCCACUGCGCGCAAGGCCAAGGGCUGCCAUCUGUGCCCGCCUCCGCGGAGCUCCUGCUGGGGCCGCCACUGCCUGUCGCGCAGGUUCCUUCCGGAGCCGCCGCCGGGCGCCCACCUGCUGCAGCGCCUGCUGCCGCACCUGGAGCGCAGCGUGUUGCUGUGGGUGGCGCCUGAGGGAGUAUUAGCCAAGAGCCUGUGCCAGGGCCCGCACCGCGUGCAGCCCAACCAAGUGGAACGUGAGCGCACCUGUCAGCUGCUCGACACGCGCCGCUUCCUCGCCGGUGAGAGCAUGGCGAAGGGGCUCCAGGGGCCGUGGGCACAGGAGUGUGAGCCCGUGAAAUGUGGGCACAGGGGAACAGGCUAA